AUGUCAGCUAGAAACUCCCAGAAUUCUUUAGAAGGCAAUACAAAUUUGUCAUUUAAUGAAAAAAGAGAAUAUGAUAGCUUAUAUCGAGACGGUGAUGAAUUAUCACAAUUUAUUUUAAAAGGAAUAAACUAUGCAGCAGACUCUGCAAUUGACCUCGAGCAAGCGGACGAAGAAGAAGAGGUACAAAAAUUGGAUGAAACUGUACGAAAUAUGAUUGAUAUUGAAAAGAAACUCUCUUUGCGAAAAGAUGUAUUGGAAAGAAUUCAAGUUAGAGUAAAUGCAGGACGCAAAUUUGAAGAUGUGGUGAUUAUUUAUGAACAAGAAUGUGAAAAGGCAUUUAGAGAUUAUUCACAAGUUUCAGAAGAAGAUAAAUAUUUAAAGAACGAGAAUUAUAAUGAUUUUCGACAAAAAAUUUGGGAAGUCAAACAUGAAAAUGAACCAAUGCCACCUUUUAAUCAAAAUGAAGAUGAUGACCUUGUGGUUGGACCUCAGAAAGAAUCUUUACAUUGUCCAAUCACGACUUUACUGUUGGAAAAUCCGGUAACAAGUGACUUGUGCAAGCAUACGUUCUCAAAAGAUGCUAUCAUGCAGUUAAUGAGUCGUAACGGCAAUGUUAUACCAUGUCCAAUUCCGGGUUGUGAUAAACAAAUUAUGGAACAUAACCUCAAAGAGAAUAAACGUUUGGUGCGAAAAGUUGUUGAACACGUUAAAAUGAUGGAAAAUGAGAUGGACGAUAUUGAGAUAUUUUUCUCUUUAAUUUGA